AUGGAACGUCCUUUCACUCCUUUGUUAAGUUCCUGGAAAGAAAAACGUUCUCAUGCUACACAUUCUCAAGGCCUGGAACAAGAGCAACAACCUCUCUUGUAUCACUACAAAAACUUUCACAUGUCGCAGUCUCUUGAUUCUGGAGACCAAAGAGACGUAGUUGUCAAGAUUGAGAAUGAAAAUGAUACGGGAAAAGAAAUUGAAAACGCUUCAAAAUCCAGCUCUGAAUCUCCAAGGAGUAGACCUCCAGGUCCAGUCAAGAAACCCAAAAUUUCCUUUGAAGAAGUAUUAACUGAAGCUGUUCGGCAGAGAAGCCAGGACUUGCCAGCCAAUGAAACAAGUCAACAGUCUUCAGGUUCGCGUGUAGCAGAGGUGUUGAGAAGUCCAAAUCUUUCUCAAAAAAACUCAUGGAAAUCUUUAGUGGACAAGACGAAGUCUAGAUUAUCAGACCCACCUGAGGAAGAAUAUGAUAGGUCCGGGAGAAGUCACGAACAUGAAGAAGAUGAUAUUGGAGACAUUCAAGAUGAUUUCAGAAAACCGAAAUUCAAUACGUUGACAAUUCUUCAAUGGCUAAGUCUAUUUGUGCUUAUAGGGGCCUUGAUUUGUAACCUUUCAGUUCCUUUCAUAAAAGGGCAAAAACUGUGGGAUCUUCCACUAUGGAAAUGGGAGAUUAUGCUUUUGGCUGUAAUCUGUGGACGUUUAGUCUCUGGUUGGGGAAUUCGAGUUGCGGUGAUCUUUCUUGAACGUAAUUUUCUUUGGCGAAAACGUGUUCUGUACUUCGUUUAUGGGCUGAGAAAGGCCGUUCAGAAUUGCCUCUGGCUGGGUCUGGUUUUGUUUGGGUGGAACUGUAUUUUUAAUCGCAAGGUUGAGCAAGAGACUAAGAGUAAGAUCUUGCCUUACGUGAGUAGAACACUGGUAUGUUUUUUGGUGGGUACCUUAAUAUGGCUCUUAAAAACCUUGCUUGUUAAGGUUCUGGCUUCAUCAUUCCAUGUGAAUACCUACUUCGAACGAAUCCAGGAGGCUUUGUUCAAUCAGUAUGUGAUUGAAACGCUCUCCGGUCCACCGUGUUUUGAUAGACGUAUCACACAAGAAGAAGGGGCCGUUCCCGAGAUUCAAGAAGUUCGAAACGCUGGUGCUACUAUGCCUGGUGACCCCAGGACAACUCUGCUUCCAAGGAUUGGGAAUGGGAAACCAGAUAGAUGCUGUUCGGUUGGAAGAAAACCAAGAUUCUCUAAGACAAUGUCUGGAAAGCAAGAUCAUAAGAUCCCAAUUGAUCACCUGCAUAAGAUGAACCGGAAGAAUAUAUCUGCUUGGAACAUGAAGAGGAUGAUAAAUAUCAUCAGUCAUGGGUCCUUGUCUACACUGGAUGAGCAGAUAUUGAAUUCUGAUAUGGAGGAUGACUCUUUACUGGAAAUUAAAAAUGAAUGUCAGGCUAAAGAGGCAGCUAAGAAGAUAUUUCAGAAGGUGGCUAAGCCAUGGUCCUCAUACAUAUACUUGGACGAUUUGAUGUGCUUUAUGGGAGAAGGGGAAGCUUUAAAGACAAAGCGUCUCCUUGGAGCCCCAUGUGAAAAUGAGGGAAUCAACAAAGAAGCUCUUAACAUCUGGCUGGUUAAUGCAUUCAAAGAACGAAAAGCACUUGCAUUGUCUCUCAAUGACACAAAAACAGCUGUGGACGAACUUCAUAACAUGUUGAACAUUAUUGUAUCUAUCAUAAUUUUUGUAAUCUGGCUUGCUAUACUUGGAAUUCCCAUCUCCCAUUUCCUAGUCUUUAUAAGCUCCCAGGUUCUCUUGGUGGCAUUUAUCUUUGGGAAUAGCUGCAGAACAGUUUUCGAAGCAAUCAUUUUCUUAUUUAUAAUGCAUCCAUUCGACGUUGGUGAUAGAUGUGAAGUGGAUGGAGUCCAGAUGAUAGUGGAAGAGAUGAAUAUAUUAACAACAGUGUUUCUUCGGUAUGAUAACCAAAAGAUUAAGUACCCCAACAGUGUUCUAGCCACCAAGCCUAUUGGUAACUUUUAUCGUAGUCCAGAUAUGUAUGAGACCAUUGAAUUCUGUGUCCACAUCUCCACUCAAUUGGAGAAAAUUUCCACCCUGAGAGAAAGAAUAAUAGGAUACGUUGAAAGCAAAAGGGAUCAUUGGCACCCAUCUCCACUGAUGGUGGUGACGGAGGUUGAGGACAUGAACAAAGUGAAGAUAUCAAUGUGGGUGCAACACAGAUUGAACUUUCAGAACCCAGGAGAGAGAGUAACAAGGAGAGCACAGCUGAUUGAAGAAAUGAUCAGAGCCUUUAAAGAUCUUGGUAUUGAAUAUCGUAUGCUACCACUUGAUGUGAAUGUCCGCAAUAUGCCAAAUUUGACAUCAAAUAGGCUUCCUUCAAAUUGGACUGCUUGUGCCAAUGGUAUUUAAAUCUUUUUACAUGGCCAAUUAUAUAAUCCUUACAGUGAUGACGUGACAUCAAAGAAGGCGGUGUCGUCAUGGAGUCUGCAAACCCUUCAAUUGUGGCCUUAAUAAACAGCAAACUUGUUAUCGUAGCUUCUUCAACCCAAAAAAAAAA